GAUCAGAGUGCCGACGGUACAUAUAGAACAAAAGAAGAGUGUCCCGUACCAAAUGCUCUUGCUGUUGGAACAGAUGCAGCGUAGCAAACGGAGAGCCGUGUAUCCCCAGGAACUUGUCAGCUGUCUCACUUGGCACAAUUUGAAAUUGUUUGUCCAGUAUGACGCUGCUCAACUCUUCCUGAGCCUCUGGAACCUAAUUAAGAGUCAAAUCACAGACGGGCAGCUGGCUGACAGGUUGACCACGCUGUACACUAUCUGGGUGCAGGAGUAUCUGGUUUGUCAGAAGUGCUCCUUUGAAACAAGGAGGGACAGCAACAUGUUAAGCCUCCCACUCCCAAUGUUUAAUUCCUGUUCUCAGCGACUGAAGACACUGGAGGAUACCCUGCGUUGCUUUUUCCAGCCUGAGCAGCUGACUGACAACAACAUGUGUCUCUGUGAACAGUGUGAAAGGAAAACACCAUGUCUGCAAGGCAUGAGGCUAACAUGUCUGCCACACACCCUUACCCUUCACCUAAAGCGCUUCUACUACAAGAAAUCUUCCUGGACUCAGAAGAUCAGCUACUCUCUGCCUUUUCCACAAAGCCUUGAUUUCAACCAGAUCCUGACACAAGAGCAAUGUCACCCAGAUGCCAAAGAGAAGGCAGAUUGGCAGUAUGAGCUCUUUGGUGUUGUUGCUCAUUCGGGAUUAGCCAGCUUUGGUCACUAUUGUGCCUACAUUUGGAGUCUCACAGAAGGCAAAUGGUACUGCUUCAAUGAUUCCAGUGUCUGUCAGGUAUCGUGGGAUGAUGUCAAAUGUACCUAUGGAAAUUCACAUACCCACUGGGGUGAAACUGCCUAUCUCCUGGUUUACAUGAGAAAGAAUUCCAAGUAGCCUCAUCCAGGCCUGCUUCAGGGACCUGGGGGCUCUACGCAGGCCCCACCCUAUUUAUGGAAUCUGACAACCCUGUUCCAAGAAGAAUAUCUACAAAUCCAUCAGUACAGCAGAGUGGGAGACCUGAACUCAGUUCAGCCGUGACACGUCACUGUGUAUAGUGUGUGUAUGGGGGAAUGGAAAGGUUCUGUGGGGGCACGUGACCACCCCCUGUGUUGUCUCAGCCUCCACCUC